CCUCUGACUAAGUAAAUGGAUGAAGGACAAUCGGCAACCAUGGAGACAGAUAGCGACCAAUAUUCACUCCUCUGGGAACUUCUCAACAUGACUGUGACAUAUGACCCUAGCUAUGUGGAUAGCAAUAGUGUCAAACACUGCCGAAAGUCAUCUAUCAACGAUUUUGGCUCAAAAUUCAACCCAGUUUUCUGCUAUGUCAAUUUCCUGCUGAGUUACCUUGGUAAUGGGCUCGUCCUAUAUAUCAUUUACAAGUAUGAGAAGCUCAAGACAGUGACAAACAUUUUUCUGCUCAAUCUGGUCCUCUCCAACAUCCUUUUUGCCACCAGUCUCCCAUUUUGGGCAACAUAUCAUCUGUCAGAGUGGAUUUUUGGUAAUGUUUUGUGUAAGUUGGUGAGCAGCACCUAUUUCAUUGGUUUUUACAGCUCCAUCCUUUUCCUCACACUUAUGACAUUCGAUCGGUACCUUGCAGUAGUGCAUGCAGUGGCAGCUGCCAAGAGCAGAAAAAGGAGCUAUGCCAUCAUUUCCUCUGCAGUGGUUUGGUGCAUAAGUAUCAUAGCCAGUGUGAAAGAGCUAGUUUUCCAGAAUGUUUGGAAGAGUCCUUUCAAUGGGCUUGUGUGUGAGGAAUCAGGAUACCCUGACAGCACCAUGGCUUUUUGGCGUCUGGUCACUUACUAUCAACAAUUCCUGGUUUUCUUCCUCCUACCUUUGCUCAUGGUGAUCUACUGCUACAUCAGCAUCAUCCUCCGCAUCCUAUCCACCCGAAUGAAGGAGAAAUGUCGCGCCAUCAAGCUCAUAUUUGUUAUCAUCCUUACCUUCUUCGUCUGCUGGACCCCCUACAACAUCGUCAUCCUCCUUCGAGCCAUACAGAGUUCCAGUCCAGAUGUUGAGUGUGCUGACUCAGAAAGGCUGGACUAUGCAUUGUUUGUGACCCGGAAUGUAGCCUACCUCUAUUGUUGCAUUAGUCCAGUGUUUUACACAUUUGUUGGUAAAAAGUUCCAGAGUCACUUUAAAAGGCUGCUUGCUAAGAAAAUCCCAUGUCUGCGGAGACACAUAAGUCUCACCAGCCAGAGCACAAGAACCACAUCACAGAAGACAGCACAUUCUGAUUAUGCGUACUAG